AAACUGUCGAAAAGUGAUUUAAAAAGCGGGAUGCUUAAGCUUAAGUACUUUUGCAAAACACAUAAUGCCGAGUUGCGUUCUUUUCUUCAACAGGACAACAUCCACGAUGUGGUGACGGGUAGUAGUACUACGUCCGACCAACAAGAUGAAUACGAUGCAGCUCCGUCGCCAAUAUCAGAUGUUUCAUCUCUAAAAUCACAGGUAUUGUCGGACCAGGUAACGAUUAGUGGAGACGAGGACGAAGCUCGUAUGGAAUCAGGUGACUUCUGGUCUUGUGGUAAUUUAGUUAAUACUGCUGUUUUUACCUUAUCUUCAGUUGAAUGGGAGAAUGUCCGAAGUUCAGUAAGUAAUUUUCGUAUUCGGUAUUCUGACUGGACUGAUUUAUUUAGACGCGGUUUGGCGGAGAGAAACCCUUUUUGUGUCUUUACUUUUAAAAAUCAGCACUGGAACAAAACGUGCGCGGUGAAAGGUGUGUUUCACUGCACAGGGAUGUGCAAAUUUACAGACUGCGGGCGAAAAUUUAACAUUAAUUUGUAUGAUGAGGCCGCCAAAGAAUUUCAUGUAACUUAUGAGGGUACGGUUAAACAUGACACAAACGAACUUCAUGGUACUAGGUUAAAGGGGGAUCGUCGAAAGAAUAUGCAAGAAAAACUGGUUAAUGUAAAUCCGAGAACUGUUUACAUCGAUAACAUUAAAGGUUUAUCCCGGGACGUGUAUGAUUCGGGAAACCGUACCGACGCCCCAGGAAAAUGUGUGCUUAAAAGAGCUCGAUACCAAGCUAGAAAAAUAGACGUCCCGUGUGACAAUGAGAACACUGCGUUGGAAGUUUUAAAAGACCAACAGAAAAAUGACAGGGAACAUGAUCGCACUCUGCAAUAUAUUUCCACCACACCGCCGGCAAUAACGUUAUGGUCUGAUGAAACGCUUAAAAUAUUCCACCAAAGAAGUCAAGUGGACAUCGUGUACAUUGAUGCCACUGGGAGUGUAAUAACAUCAUCAAAGGGUCAACGGCCUUACUACAUAUACGAAAUUGUAGUUCGGCACCCGGUAAAGGGGAAGGCACCAAUCGCGAUAGCUUCUUACGUUGCGGAUUAGCAUAACAUUGCUUCAAUUUCUAACUUCGUACAAUUAUUUCGCAGUGCUGAAAAUACUUUAAUCGGUAAAACUGCGGUAAAACUUAUGAUUUGCGACGGAAGUAUUGCAUUAAUCCGAUCCGUGCUACGCUGUUUUAUGGACGACUCAAUCGAGUUUUAUAUUACCAGGUGUUUUACAUCAGUAACGGGAAAAGCGACAACUGAUACUUUUGCGAAACCAUUUCUUCAUUUGUGUGGUUCGCACACGAUGAAAAAUAUGAAAAAGCUAAGUGGGUGGUGAAACGUCGUCGCCAAGAAAUUAUGUAUAUAAUGGGACGUGCGCGGAACACAUGACUGAUAUAGAAGAUAUCUUAUAUCACAUGGCAAUUCUGUUUACUACGAAAAAUGAGGCAAUAUCAAACCAAAGUUGGGAGUUUUUAAGUUCCAAAAUCGAUCGGGUUUCGGAACUUGGUGUAUCAAAAUUAAGCACGGCCGAUUUAAAUAACGAUUCUGAUUUAGAAGACGACAGUUGCAUUUUAACGGGCCACUCUCUUUUGUUUGCAAAUCAUUUUAAAUCUGUUAUAACCACAGCACAGAAAAAAGCCGAUUCGACUUUUGCAAAGGGGGUUAAUUCUUUUUAUUGUCCGGAGUUAAUGACAAAGUUUAUUUCAAACUGGCUUCCCAAAAUCCCCUUGUGGACAGGUUUGUUACUUGGUGACUUAAGCAGGCAUGGUAUUUCUAAACCUUACGAAACUUACAAAAACUUUUUU